AUGACUCGAAAAACCGGUUUUAAUGCCACAAAAGCAAAGAUCAUAUUGGCCCUUAAUUUUCAGUCUGCUGAAGAUGCAUUACCAUUCUAUAAGCUUCCAGUUAAAACUUUGAUUCAUGUAUUAAAAGUUACAAAAAACGAUGAAAGUAAAGGGCACUGCAAAAAUAGAUUAUACUAUAUUGCAUCCCGCCUAAAGGUGCCUACAUCAGUAUUGAGCGAAAAACUAGCUAAGAGAACUUUCAUUUACAGUUUAUCAUUUGACUGGAUCGAGAAGGCAUUGAAUGUACUCUUAGAAAUGAAUGUAUCCUCUGAUCGUAUUUUGAGAGAUUUAUGGGUAUUAAAAUAUCAUCAUGAAACUAUUCAUGAGAGACUCCUGAAGGUCAGAAAUAUGGGCAUUGAAAAUCUGUACCCCUGGAUGGUGAGGUGUUCGGAAGACAUAUUAAAUAGGUAUAUCACUAUAUCAACGGAGACAAAAGACAUUUUGGGCGAAACUAAAUCAAAACACACAUAUCUUGCUAAUCGGCUGAACGUUUCUGUCGAAACAGUUCAAGAAAUGUGCUUUAAAAUACCUGCAUUGAAAACAAUUCGAGUAACAAAGGUUAAACAUUUUCUUGAUUUCCUUGAAUCAGAAGGGUUUGAUGUUGAAGAAAUUGCCACCAAACCCAGGGUGUUAUCAGCAUCACAAAAGACAGUGAAGAAGAGGCUAGAUACGUUACGCAAUUUGGGAUUAAAGGAGAUUAAUUUAAAUGUACUAUGUCGAAGUAAAAAAGACUUUAAAAAGUACUGUGAAUCAAUUGAGUCUAUAUCAGAACAAGGUGAAUAA